GUUGUUCAUAAUCGAACAGGUUGCAAUUUCUGGUUUGGUAUACUAGCUGCAGACGAUACCCAUUUCCUUUCUUCCUUUGCUCUUUCUCUUCUCCUCCGCCAUCUACUCUCUGUUAAAUAGAAAUCUCAACUGCAAUAACUGAAAUCUCGACCCGUAAAAGAUCCGAAUGAGGGAUUCGAAUCUGGAGUUGCAGGAAUCAGGUUGGGAGGAACUCCGAAAGGAAGCGCGGAAGAUCGAAGGCGAUCUCGACGUCAAGCUUUCUUCCUACGCCAAGCUCGGUGUUAGAUUCACCCAAGGAGGUUAUGUGGAUAGUGGCUCACCACCUGUUGGGUCCAGUAGGUCUUGGAAGUCCAUGGAAAUGGAAAUCCAAUCCCUCCUCGAGAAACUAUUGGACAUAAAUGAUUCCAUGAGUAGAUGUGCUGCAUCUGCUGGACCAGCUACUUCUGUAACGCAGAAGUUGGCUAGGCACAGAGAUAUUUUUCACGAGUUUACCCAGGAAUUUAGGCGUACCAAGGGGAACAUAAACUCAAUGAGGGAACAUGCAGAGCUUUUAGGUUCUGUCCGAGAUGAUAUUACCGACAUUAAGACAUCUGGUAGUAUGUCACCAAGGGUGCAGUUAUUACGUGAGAGAGCUGCUAUCCAUGGGAAUACGUCUCAUAUAGAUGAUGUGAUUAGUCAAGCUCAAGCAACAAGAGCUGUGUUGGCUUCUCAAAGGGCAUUGUUUGGUGAUGUUCAAGGAAAAUUGAGGCUUCUUGGGGACAAGUUCCCCAUUGUUCGGAGCGUGCUCGGUUCGAUAAAAAGGCGACAGUCAAGGGAUACUCUUAUUAUUUCAGCAGUCAUUGCUGCUUGUACGCUGUUUCUCAUCAUUUAUAGGCUCUCAAAGUAACAAAACAAUUUUGCCACACUACAAAUGAACUAUGGUUCUUUUAUUCAUUGAUAUUUUCUGUUUCUUUCUUUGCCUUUUUGUUUUUUAGGGAUGAGGAAGUUUAAGAUUUUAUUUUACAAUCAACAUUUGUCUAGGAGCCUCAUUUGUAUUUAGUGGAUAGUGUAAAGUAUUUAUUUGAUUCUUGAAUUUUUAUAUGAGUCAACAAUCUUUGGUUCUCCUA